AUCUGCCAUGGUCACUCUGAAGAAGAACAAAAACGCGAACGCAGAAUUGUAAAUCUGGAAAUUGCAAAUAAUACGAAUAAUCAAAUAACCCACGGCGAUAAUUAAUUAAAAAUGACUGGUCGUGGCAAGGGCGCAAAGGGGAAGGUGGUGCGCGAAAACGCGACGGACGAUAGGGACGAUUUUCUCGUGUACGCGGCCGAGAAAAUAAUCCAAAAGCGCGUUAGAAAGGGCACCGUGGAGUAUCGCGUAAAAUGGAAGGGCUGGAACCAGCGCUACAACACCUGGGAACCGGAGGUAAACAUCCUAGAUCGCCGCCUGAUCGACAUCUACGAGCAGAGCAACAAAUCCUCGGGCACGCCCUCCAAACGGGGUUUGAAAAAGAAGGAAAAGGAGCCCGAUCCGGAGCCGGAAUCCGAGGAGGAUGAGUACACCUUCACCGGCGACGAUGUGGAUACCAAUCAGGCCACCACCUCCGCGGCUGGUCAGGAUGCGGAGCCCAAGAAGGAGAAGAAGCACCAUCAGCAUCAUCACCACCACCAUCAUCACCACAUCAAGUCCGAACGCAGCAGUGGACGGCGCUCAGAAUCGCCACUGACCCACCAUCAUCAUCACCACCACCACGAGUCCAAGCGGCAGCGCAUGGACCACAGCUCCUCCUCGAACAGUAGCUCCACGCACAACUCAUUUGUCCCCGAGCCGGACACCAACUCAUCCAGCUCCGAGGAUCAGCCGCUAAUCGGUACCAAGCGCAAGGCCGAGGUACUUAAGGAGUCGGGCAAGAUUGGCGUAACGAUUAAGACCUCGCCAGAUGGCCCCACGCUGAAGCCGCAGCCGGUUCAGCAGCCAGCGCCUGUGCAACAGCAGCAACAGCCUUCCCAGGAUCAGCAGCAGGCGGAGAAGGUAGCCAGCGAUGCAGCCACCCCGCUGAAAUCCGAGCUGCAGGUCAGUCCACUGGCCGUUGAAGCCACAACCACAACGCCCGCUGAAUCUGGAGCUGAGGAAGAAGAGCUGGUCAGCGAGGAGGCCAACCCGCAACCCCCUCAGGUUGCUCCUGAGAACAACAACAUACCAAAACCGUGCAACAACCUGGCCAUUAACCAGAAACAGCCACUCACUCCCCUUUCACCGCGCGCUCUUCCCCCGCGCUUCUGGCUGCCGGCCAAGUGCAACAUAUCCAACCGCGUGGUCAUCACCGAUGUCACCGUCAACCUGGAGACCGUCACCAUACGAGAGUGCAAAACGGAGCGGGGUUUUUUUCGCGAGCGCGACAUGAAGGGCGACUCGUCGCCAGUAGCUUGAGCUACGGCCCAAACAAAAGCCGGCAAAACGAAACGGAAACCUGAAACAAUUGUAAAUAGACAAACCAAAACGGGGGAAAGUUGAGAGGAGCACUAACAAAUCCGCACUAGAUGUUGCUAAGCAUUUUCUCUAAGACAAAACUUAUUUAUUGUAUUUAUUUAUAGCGUAGUUAUUAGUUUGUUGUUUUAUUACAAUGUUUAAUGUGCAAGAGUAGCUUGAGCAAGCGCAAGUCGCUCAUUUACUAAAAGACUGAUUUCUCACUUCAAUAUUUACCCCUUGACUUAUACACUUUCUGAUUUAUUUAUCAGCCAUAUUUAUUUAUGAUAGUACGCAUUAUUGUCUUCUUCAUUUCUACAAUAUAGCUUAUUUGAGCUCUGGCGGUUUUUUAGUAAAUGAACGAAAUGCUGCGAGUGCUUAACUUGCCACUGCAAUAGAUUGUAAAACCUGCAGCAUAGAUAUGUAUGUCGUACAUAUAUUUAUUUACCACAUAUUGUAUAUUUUUCUAUAACAAUUUGAAUCUGAUUGAGAACAACACAACACACUCAUAUGCAACAAAACUCCAUGCGAAACCGAAGCAAUUGUUGAUUACGCUUGAUAUACAAUUAUAUACAACUAAAGAAGCAUAUAUUCGAGAAUGUCACCAUGUUUGCCAAGUUGGUAUCCCAAUGUUGUAAUUGUUUAAUAUUAUAUUUCCUCGCGCCGACUGAUUUUACAAAAGAAACCCCAAAAAGAUAUAUAUGUAGUUUGAUAAAUAUUUUUAGAAAUUAGCUAACCACAAUCUCCACUUAAUAUUUAUUUUAAAAUGUUCUACUAUUAGCAGUCAUCCAAGGCUCAAGUGUUGACUUUAUGGGCUCAGAGCGGUGCAGUGCACAUAUAAUUCCAAAUCGAGCCCAUAGACUCAAUACUUAACUCCUAUGAUUAUUACACUAUUUUUUACCGCUUUACAAAAGGAAACUGCGUGGGAACUGUGUGGAAUUCGAAAACUCUUGUUUGUUUCGCAUGGUUCCUGUGAGUUGGACUCCGUUUGUGUUAGCUAUUUAUUGGCUAGUUUUAGUUACGGCGCUAAUUCCACACAAAAGAAAAAAAAGAACAACUCAAAACAAGUAUUUUGAAGUUUGUAAUGUAGUGUUUAACUUUAAUGUUAUUGCCGGUAUCGAUUGUACAUAAUAAAUUAAAUAGAAGCAACCAAA